AUAUUCACCACGUAUCAUAAAAUUUCUGAAUUGAGAACGAGGGAAGGGUGGUGACUGGUGUAGUUGUGUGAGCCAUUGAGCAUCGGCCUUCUUAGAGAAUAAUAUAACCCCAUUGUUUAUACUAUACUAUAAACUAUUCUCCUGACCUCACCGGAAAGACAAAAUUUAUGGAGCUUCUCCCGCCGAUUCUCCCAACCUCUACCCCUUCUACCAUCAAACCCCCCCCCCUUUCUCCGCCUCCUCUCUCUCUCUCUCUCUCUCUCUCUUUCUCUCUCACUCUCAGAGCGACAGUCACAGAAACUGUGAUCGUCUAAGUUGGGAAUCAGUAGCGAAGCAAGUAAAAAUGAUAGCUCCAACUCCGGUUUCUCUAUGUUGUGCUCUGCUUCUCUGCUUGCCUCUCACGAUAGUAUUUACAAUCACCAGUCCGAUAGUCACCACCAUCGUCACCAUCACCCACUACGACAGCUAUAAAGACCCAGCAAGAAAUUUCGUCCCGAUCAGCAACAAUAAGAAGAAAUUUGAUAUCAAACACAGAAGCGUUGUCUGGCCACCACCGUCACUAUCCCCGCCGCCCUCGCCUUUGCAACCACCACUUCCAGAAGAUGACGAAUCCCUCUUCCGCCUCGCUGCCAGAGUGAACCCAAAACCACAACCCCUUGGCACACCAAAGAAACUAGCUUUCAUGUUUCUCACCACCACACCUCUCCCCUUCGCCCCACUUUGGGAACUUUUCUUUAAUCAAACUAGGACAAAGAAGCUCUUCAACAUCUACAUCCACGCUGACCCAUCGUUCCAUUACGAUCCACCCUUCUCCGGGACCUUCGCCGGCCGAGACAUCCACUCCAAACCUACCCAACGGUUCACCCCAUCGCUUGUCUCAGCCGCCCGUCGCCUCCUCGCCCACGCCCUCCUCGACGAUCCUUCCAAUGCCAUGUUCCCACUCCUCUCAGCCUCCUGUAUCCCUCUCCAUUCCUUCAAUUUCACAUACGAUACCCUAAUCCGAUCGAAGAAGAGCUUCAUCGAGAUCCUCAGCAGCGAACCGGGCGCCUAUGGCCGAUACAUCGCGCGUGGAGAGGACGCUAUGUUCCCCGAAGUACCUUUCGAGGACUUCCGAAUCGGGUCCCAGUUCUUCGUCUUGACACGUCGACACGCGAGGCUUGUUGUGAAGGACGAACUGCUUUGGUCCAAGUUCAAGCUACCAUGUGUGCAGUGGGACACGUGCUAUCCAGAGGAAAACUAUUUACCGACACUGCUGAGCAUGAUGGACCGUCGUGGGUGCGUACCUGCUACACUAACCCACGUUGAUUGGACGAACCAAUCAGAUGGUCACCCACGCAAGUACGAGGCUUCCGAAGUGAGGCCAGGACUGAUCGUCUCCCUUAGAGGUGAUAGGCCCAGAUACGGUGACGAUGGAGGCGGGUUCGGGAACGUCACUAGUUCGUCACUGUCUAAACGGCACGAUCCAUUCCUAUUUGCCAGGAAGUUUUCUCCGGAGUCUCUCCAGCCGUUGAUGAGAAUAGCAGACGAUGUCAUCUUCCAUGACUGAUUUAGGUGGAAUAUUGUAAAUUUUAUAAUUUUCUUUUUUCUUUUUGGGAAAGUAAAUUUUGUAAAUUUAAGAGAAGGAAAGUAAUCAAAUCGUUGAUUCGUGACUUGGGUUCAA